CUUGUUGGAAAAUGGGUGGCUGCUGCAGCAAGAUAGACAAGAGUGCGAGUAGCCCUGCUCCAGUUGACAAGAAACGGCCGCAAGAAGAUGCCAAGGCCAGAGAUCUCGUGAGCAACGUGACCACCAAACACAAGAAGGUUCAGUCAGGCUAUGGAUGGAAUGCGUUGAUUUGGCUGCAGGGCGGUGGGAGCUCUGACGCCGAGGGGUCCAUUCCUGCGGAGGCCGUGCCGGUCGCAACCUAUGCCACACACGAAACCCGUGAGAAAUCCAUCCAUCCAUCCAUCAGACAGAUUUGGGUUGAGGGUAUGGCCGGUGCGGCCAUCUGGCUGUGGCUCAUUUGUGUUGUGUUCAGCAGGCCGUGAGGAUGAGGGCAGCAUCUUGCCCCUUGGCACUGAUGUAAGAAGCAUUUCAUCCACCCACUUCUCUGUCGGUGUCCACUCUGCAUGCCGGGUGGCUGGGCUGGCCUGGCCUUCCUUGUUUGUUUCUCAGGAUCUGCGAGUGGUGUCUGUGGAGCUGGCGGCAUCGCUCCUCACCCAAGUAGCAGACACGCAUGUAAGUGAGAAGGGGAGGGGAGGGAGCAGCCGGCCAGCAUCCAUCCACACCAUUGUGUGUCUGGCAUGCCUAUGUCAAUCAGAUCAACUUCCCAUUGCUGUGCCCGCAGUUCGCAAGCGACCCAAACAGUGACCCUGCGGAACCGCUCAAAUGGUACGUACGGUGGACACAUCCCUCCAUCCAUCCAUCCAUACUCACGGCUUCUUGUGUUUCCAUCCAGGCAUCAGGAGCUCCAUGCUGCCCUCGGGCUGUCCACCAACCUUCCUACUGAUAUCGUCGCCGCGGUAUGAAGGCGUGACUGCUCCCUUUGCCAUGCCGGCUCUUCCCCACCAUGUGUGUCUUUUGUUUGCAGGCCCCUGGGCUCCCCCGUCUGGAGUCGCAGCCAUCUGCUGCGCCGAGACUGCCAGACACUACUAGGGAGGUUCAGGAUGGCGGGAGGGGUGCCGUCAGGGGCGAGCAGCUGGCGCUGGCUUCCGACGAGAGUGAAGGGAAGGGUAAGCACGACGACGGACGAUAUACAAUGUCUUCACUUUCACCACCCCGUUGUUUUUCUCUCGUCAGGUGUUCCGAGUAUCCUUGUGCAGCCCCCCGGGCCAGCAGUCAAGGCCAAGGAAGCCGCACGAAAACCACAAGGUCAAAUGUUUGCAGCCUGCCACGCCACUCCCCACCCGUCCCUGUCUCCCCUGUUUUGUUCCCAGUUCCCAUCGAAAGACCUGUAGCCGAAGACAUCACCCCCAAGCCCCAGGAGACCCCCUCUCGCCGCCCUCCAAAAGCCCCGGCACCCUCCCCCGUCACCAAACCAGGCAAGCCGUCACCUGCCGAGCCCUUCUAUCCAGCCCCCCGCAAAGGAGACGACGAGAGCACCCGGCCACCAUCGCACCGGGGCAAGGCCGAGGAAGAUGAUUUUAGGAGAAGCCGGCUCCUCAAAGCCGCGGAGAAGGCGGUGGUGCGUGUGGAGUCUGGGACAGAGGAGCUGCCGUCGCGCACACGGAGCUGGAUGCCACCGGGAAGGCCGGAACAUGGUGGCCGCAUGCGGUCUGACGGCACUCCUUUGGGCGGCGGUGAAGGGAGGGGGGACGGGGAGCGGCGUCACAGCAUGGAUGACGCCAUCGUCGCAGGGGCAAAGGAGAAACCGCGGCCAAAGAAGACAUCCCCGCGGACCACCAAGGCGGACGACAGGGACAGGGGAGCUCCCAAGCCAUCCCGACCAGCCCUGCCAGAGCCCUCAUUGCCCACUAGAGGCGCCGCGGCAGAGGAGCCUGCUGCACCUGCUGCUGCCGAGGAGCCAUCUCUCCCGACGCCUCAGAAGAAAGCCGUCGCCAAGAAGAGGGCACCACCGAUGCCUGAAGACCGCCCCGGCAGGCACAGAGAGGAUGCACACCGACCGAAGUCCCCUCUGAGGAAGGCGGCCGGCGAGCGGCCCAAGAGCCCUCCAAGGUCUCCUCCUGUGCGUCAGAUUAGUCUGGAGAAGGCUCCGUCUGGCCUUGGGGACGCGGCGUCGCCGUUUGCUGUGUCUCCUACCAAGAAGGGCAAAGGGAAGGAGAGGGUCCGGCACCCAGGGGCGAGGAUGGAGGACGACAAGGGCGAGAGGCGACAGGAGGUGCGCCCGGCCCCCGUCACCUCACCUGUCCGCCCUCCCAGCCGUCACAAGGAGGUAAGAUCUACACAAAACAAAUUGGCAGAUCAGAUGGACACAGGUAGGGAUUCCAUGGUGUCUUGUCUGUCCUUCUCGCGGUAUCAGGUUGGUCGUAGCCACCCGUCUGGUGAACCUCCCUUGGAGCCCGUUCCAUUCCCCCUCGCACCUGCACCAGCACCAUCGCCAUCGCCAUCGCCCAAGAGAGUCGUCCUGCGCUUCGCCAGAUUGUUUGGGCUCGGGCGGGGGCGGACAAAGGCGAAAGGCAGGGCGGCAAAGAGCCCCACCUACCGCCCCUCCCCCGUCCAGCGGCCACUUCCCUCGCGCUCGCCACCGGCUCGUGUGUCUGUGUCGACGCGGCAGCUCCGGAGGGCUCCAUCUCCCAUCCGGCCGCGGCGUCCCAAGUCAGCCCCUCCUGCACACUCGCCCACUCGCCUGCCCCCCCGGCUGCCCAUCCGCCGUCAGCGCGUCAAGCCCUCCCCAGUGACCACUUCCUCCAUUACCGUGUCGCCUCAGAGCAGCUCGUCACGGCCCCCAUCACCCCCACAGAGAGGCACUCGGUCGGCGCCGUCCACUCCCCAUGUGUUGCGGCAGCAUCUCAGGGCGAGCGAGGCGUUUCGGUCGGUGUCGGUGUCACCCCGAGUGCGAAGGCGGCGGCGCAGGCCAUCGCUACCGGCGUUCGAGCCACCGUAUGACUGGGAGAGGCGAGAGCGUGAGGCUGAGAAGGAGAAGGAGAGGGCAGCACUCGAGAGGCGGGCUGACAGGGGACCGUCCAUGCCGCCCGAGUGCACAUUCAGGUCACUCACUCACUGACUUGCAACAAAGAUGCAUCCACGGCAAGCGGGUUGCAGUCGCCUGUGGGUGGGUGUGCCCUUUUCGUUUGUAUUAUGUCAGGCCCCGUAUUCUGGACCGGUCACGUCGGCUGGCCAAGCGGUCUGAGGCGCGCAUGGAGGCCAUCAUCGCAUCGGCCAGGAAAGACAAGGAGGGGCCGGAUGCAGACGACCCCCCGCUCAUGACCAUCAAGCCGGGGCAGCACUACCAGCCCUCCCCUGUCCGCUCGUCACCUGCGCUGCCGUCCCACCCCCCGGUUCCACCCCUGUUGAAUUUGGAGGCGGCUGCUGCAGCGGCGAGGACCGAGGAAGACGAUGACGCAUCUGCUGACGAUGAAGGUAUGUUCGGGCGUCCAAAGAGGUGCUAGAUAGAUAGUUCUCUGCCGUGAGUGUGUGUUUUGUGCUGUGUUGUGUUGUGUAGCUGGUGUCUCGACAUUCACCCUCCCCGUAGACGACCCCUCGUCCCCCUCAUUUGGCGCGCACACAGCACACGACAUGAUGGUCAUCGACGACGACCAGCCACUGCCACAGCCACAACCACACCCACAGCCGCAGCCGCACCCCUCACCCCCCUCGCCCCCCGCAGAGGCGUCCAUCGUCAUCUCAGAGACGUCUUCGCCCAGCCGUGGUGAAGGCAGGUCACCAAACCGCCACCCGUCGCCCGUGCAGCGGCGAGGCAGUUUCGGCACCUCGCAGCGGAGCGUCGAGGAGUGGCGCAACACGCCCUUCAGGAGCUACUGGAGUUCAGACACGCGCCGGUCAAUGGUGGAUGCGUCUCAUGGCGCGACGAGAGGGGGCCGAGGGGCUGGGCGGAUGGCCAAAGGAGCCAAGAGAGGGCCGCCCAUUCUCGCCUGGAUCAAGCAGACAGAGGGCACGGUGGCUGGGGAUGGUGAGGACGAGACACGGGAGAAGCCGCUGGGGAGAUCGCCACAAUACGCCCAGGUGAUGAGCAUCAAGGCGUCCCCCCGCAGCCCACCCAUGCAGCCUCGUGCCCCGGGACGGAUGGAGAAGAAGCCCCUCUCCAGCAGACAGUGCAAAGCCACACACCAGGGCACCAGCACGGCAGCAGGAGCUCCCAAUGCCGAUGUGCACGCCACCAGGAGCCGUCCAACCAUCGACUUAUCGAAGGUGGCGAGACAGAGAGCGGACAAGAGGGGCGCGACGACAGCCAUCCAGCGAGAAAACGGCGUGCCAUCGGUGCGAGUGGAUCUGCGAAGCGGGAGGGCCGGCCGCCCCUCUCUCCGUGGUGGCCGGGAGCAAGUUGCUUCCUUCUCCAUUCAUGGCUCGAGCUCGCUGUCGAGUGCCGCUGAAGGAGGCCCAGAGCUGCGGAGGUCUCAGGAUCCAGAAGGCGGCAGCGACGGCCCAGAAGCUGACUCCUCCUCGCCGGUGUCUCAUAGCGGAACGGCAGCUGCUGCCGGAUACUCAUUCAUGAUGGCCUCUGCUGACUCGAAGGACUCACUGCCCGACGCGACGCAGCCACAUGCACCACCUGAAGGCCACAGAUCAAGGGUCGGACCGUUUGGCUACCGGCAUAGAGAUGGGGGUGGCUCAGCGUCGAUGUGGGUGGCGCAGGGUGAGGGACAGGGCAGUGGGGAAGGAACGGAUAGAGUUGGUGGAGGGAGAGACGAGGGAGACGAGCUGUUGGAUGCCAUCGGCAAGGCACCUGAUACUGAGGUAUGCGCUCCCACUCGCACGGCAGGACACAGAGGUUGAUGGUGGUCAGUCACCUCACCGAGAGUCGUGCCUUGUUGUGUUGUGCUGUGUGUGUCACCACCGUUGCAGAGGGUAGAUGACGCCGCCGUUGGAGAGUAGUGGUCAGAUACGAUGGGCCUAUUCGCUCUUGUCUUGAGUUUUGCGGCUCGGCC